AUGGCGACACCACCACCUUUUCCUUUAUUACCUUCCUCGCACCCAAUAUCCGUAUAUACAACGCCACCUGCUCCAACCGUCGUACCUCCUCCGCCUCCUCGUCAUAGUGUUUAUACAAGUGACCCGCGAGCUCACUUAAUAAGCGAUAAUAAUGCACCGUCAAAUUUUUACUUUCAAAUUAAAGGUUUUGAAAAUCAAUUUCCGGUCAGCGGUCGUAACGGUUGCAAUAUUCUUCCUCCGAUAAACACGUCUACUCAGUUGGUUAAUGGUUUUAGCACGUCUGUCAACGGAAUGCACAUUUCUGAUAGUAUGUUCGUAUCAUCUCAUCAUGGACGUCAUUUAGCGAAUAGACCGCGCCUUGAAUUAAGACGUUCUAGUGAACCAAAUUAUCCUGUCAUGGAAUAUGAUACAAUUGAUUCACCUCCACUACCACGUAGUGUUUAUUCUUCACCCAUUUCUACUGGUGGUUUCGUGUUUACUCAAGAUAGACAACAACAACCACAGCUUGAAAUGCCUCAAAAAUAUAGUAGCGAUCUGAGGUUAUCAACGUCCAUCACUAAUCAACCAUUUAAUCAGAGUACUCACGCGUGUCGUAGAACUUCCACGUUAUCAAAGAUUUUACAAACCACCGAUGAUGAUCAGCUGAAUUCAAAGAGAAUGAGAUUUGACAGGAGGGAGGAUGGGAAUAGAGAUAAUGAAGAUGGUGAUAGUAGUGGUAGUUGCAGUAAUGGUUGUCAAGAGAGUGGUAUUAGUCUUUCUCCACUCCGUAUUGCACCUAUUUCCAACCCAAUGAGUACAUCAUCCAAUGGUUCACCUGUUACUACUAAUAGUAGUGAUACUGGUAGUAUGUUGGGUGAACAAGUCCCGCAACAACAAAUUUUACGGCAAAACAAAGGGCUUAGGCAUUUCAGUAAACAAGUUUGUGAUAAAGUGGAACUUAAAGGCGUUACUACUUAUAAUGAGGUUGCAGAUGAAUUGUCUGAAGACUUUGCAGCUCAUAUGCAAGAGCAUGGUGGGCAAAAAGUAGAUCAAAAAAAUAUACGUCGUAGGGUGUAUGACGCACUGAAUGUAUUAAUGGCAAUGGAUAUUAUUGCGAAAGAUAAGAAAGAGAUCAGAUGGUUGGGAUUACCGGGUCAAAAAAAUAACACGAAUUUGGCUUCGUCGUCUGCGACGACAGAGGCCGAAAUUGAAAGGCAAAAAUCUGAAAUUAGAAUUUUGGAGCAACAAAACCGACGCUUGAGCAAACAAGUGGAUGAGGCUAAAGUUGCAUUCCAAUAUAAAAUAGCUAGCCACCUUCACAUUCGCAAUCUUGUGAAGAGGAACAAGCAACGUCAUGAUCCAUAUAAAGUUACGAACAAAGUAAAAUCUGAAAAACUGUAUCUUCCUUUCAAAUUGAUACGUUGUCCGCGAGGAACCGUCUUUAACAAUCAAACCGGAGAAGACGGCAUACUCGAAGAUGUGCAUAUCCUGCAAUAUAUUGGAAUGGAUAAAAUCACGCCUGAAGAUAUGCAACAAUGGGUUAGCCCUGAACAUUUAAAAUGGAUUAUCACGAAACAGGGUGAAGACGGUGAUUACCGCAUAAGUUAUGAACAGUGA